CCGCCCCUUGGCCCGGGCGGCCCGGAGUCCCCGGCGGGGCGGGGGUCGGCUCUGGCCCGGGGGCUUCCGGGCGCGGCGCCAUGGCCUCCGAGGCGGUGAAGGUGGUCGUGCGCUGCCGCCCCAUGAACCAGCGGGAGCGGGAGCUGCGCUGCCAGCCGGUGGUGGCUGUGGACUGCGCGCGCGGCCAGUGCUGCAUCCAGAACCCGCGCGCCGCCGACGAGCCGCCCAAGCAGUUCACCUUCGACGGCGCCUACCACGUGGACCACGUCACCGAGCAGAUCUACAACGAGAUCGCCUACCCGCUGGUGGAGGGCGUCACUGAGGGCUACAAUGGCACCAUCUUUGCCUACGGUCAGACAGGCAGCGGGAAGUCCUUCACCAUGCAGGGCCUGCUGGACCCGCCCUCCCAGAGAGGCAUCAUCCCCAGGGCCUUCGAGCACGUGUUCGAGAGUGUCCAGUGUGCAGAGAACACCAAGUUUCUGGUCCGGGCCUCCUACCUGGAGAUCUACAAUGAAGAUGUCCGGGACCUCCUGGGGGCUGACACCAAGCAGAGGCUGGAGCUGAAGGAGCACCCGGAGAAGGGCGUGUACGUGAAGGGGCUGUCCAUGCACACGGUGCACAGCGUGGCCCAGUGCGAGCGCAUCAUGGAGGCCGGCUGGAAGAACCGCUCUGUCGGCUACACGCUGAUGAACAAGGAUUCCUCACGCUCCCACUCCAUCUUCACCAUCAACAUCGAGAUCUCUGCCGUGGAUGAGUGGGGCAAGGACCACCUCCGGGCGGGCAAACUGAACCUGGUGGACCUGGCGGGCAGCGAGCGGCAGUCCAAGACCGGGGCCACUGGCGAGCGGCUCAAGGAGGCCACCAAGAUCAACCUGUCACUGUCGGCGCUGGGCAACGUCAUCUCGGCGCUGGUGGACGGGCGCUGUAAGCACAUCCCCUACCGGGACUCGAAGCUGACACGGCUGCUGCAGGACUCACUGGGUGGCAACACCAAGACGCUGAUGGUGGCCUGCCUGUCGCCUGCGGACAACAACUACGAUGAGACACUCAGCACGCUGCGCUACGCCAACCGGGCCAAAAACAUCAGGAACAAGCCGCACAUCAACGAGGACCCCAAGGAUGCACUGCUUCGCGAGUACCAGGAGGAGAUCAAGAAGCUCAAGGCCAUCCUGACGCAGCAGAUGAGUCCCAGCAGCCUGUCAGGUGGGACCGCGUUGGGGGAGUGGUCCAGUGUUUGUCACAACAUAACACAGGGCUGUGGCAGUGGGAGACGGGACAGUGAGUGGACAGGGUGGUUAGACGGAAGGGGAGGUAUCUUUCCCUGCUCACUGCUUGUCGUCCUUUGUUUUCAGCUUCGGGCCGCAGAGGUGGAGAUCAAGGACCUGCAGUCCGAGUUUCAGCUGGAGAAGAUCGAUUACUUGGCCACCAUCCGCCGGCAGGAGCGUGACUCCAUGCUCUUGCAGCAGCUGCUGGAGCAGGUGCAGCCCCUGAUUCGCAGGGACUGUAACUACAGCAACCUUGAGAAGAUUCGGCGUGAGUCCUGCUGGGAUGAAGAUAACGGCUUCUGGAAGAUCCCACAGCCCGCUGUCAUCAAAACCAGCCUCCCAGUAGCAGUUUCAACUGGGCCACAGAAUAAACCAGCCCACAAAACCUCUGCAGCAGACAACAGCGAGCAGAACAUGGAGGAGGACCGCUACAGACUCAUGCUCAGUCGGAGCAACAGUGAAAACAUCGCCAGCAACUACUUCCGGUCUAAGCGGGCCAGCCAGAUCCUCAACACGGACGCCAGGAAGAGCCUCACAUAUCACAACUCGCCACCAGGCCUCGGCUGCCCACUCAGCAACAACCCUGCCAUCCCCCCUACUCAGGCCCCUGAAAUGCCCCAGCCCCGGCCCUUUCGCCUCGAGUCCCUCGACAUCCCUUUCACCAAGGCCAAGCGUAAGAAAAGCAAAAACAACUUUGGCAGUGAGCCUCUGUGAGCACAGCUGCCCGCCGUUGCCUGCCUUAUAGGCUUCUAGAGACUGCCAGGCCCUCCCAGGGCAGCCCCAGCCAGGCCUCCCCCCGACCCCCCACACAGUGCUCUGGGGCCCGAGGGCUCCCUUAGCCCUGGGAAGACACAUUGCCUUCCCUGUUCCCCAGAGAGCCCACCUGUGCCUGGGGCAGGAGCCCCUUGGAGGCUGGACUGUCCUCCUUAGAGAGGCCUGCACCAUGUCAGUGUUUCUGUCUGCUCACCUGCCACUGAGCCCACCACCCAUGCCCACCAGUGUUGGCCUUUGCCUCAAAGCCUCGGAGCUGCUUCAUGGCCUUCACCAGCCCUGAUGCAGUGGGCAGCAACUGCCAUGUGAAGGAAGCUCAGUAUCAGCUGGGAAGGAACUGUGCCUCUGUCUGACCGUCCCCACUUCCUGAGAACUGCCUCGCCCCGUGGGGUGGCACAGGGGUCCCACAGCAGCUCUUCCUGCACUGCCCACCCCUGGCUGGACUGUGGCCCAGGGAAGGCGACUCCACAUUAAACUGACCAAUAAACUGCUUUUAAGACAAGCUCCCCUU